AUGCGUCUCCCGGCUAGUCGGACGUUCAAUUCGCUUCACAUGGCGCGAAGUCAUGGGGCCAUUUUUGGGCACACAGACCGAGCGGUCCCGCCGUAUUCCGCGCUUGCACUUGGGAUGGAGUUCCCCCCAAAGGAGCUUUUCCAAAGUUCCAUGCGUGUGGUGCAACAGGAGCGUCUCCCCCCGUUUUUAGCCUUAACGUUGCUGACGCGCUGUUGGACCGCGUGGACAGUGACGUCCGCGGCGGCAGGGAUGUCACGCGUGCGCGGCGACGACGACGACGACGACGACGACGGCGGCGGCGCUGCCCUGGCAGCUCUGCUCGCCGCGUCUGAAGAGAGCCUGCGGUUGUACCGCCAAAAAGAAGAGGACACAGAGCAGGAGUUUGGCAAGUGUGGCCCACGGCGCAGGGCGAGGGAGGAGGCGGAGGUUUCAAAAAGGUCCCUGACAGUUAGAAAGCCUGUGGAUCGUCAUGGUUACCAUCAUGUUGUGCAACUUAUGCUGCGCUGUUGUGGGAGCCAGUUGACUCAAAGGGCGCUCGUCUCACUGCUGCAAUACGCCGUGCAGGUGGAGGACAGUGAGGGAGCGGUUUUGACAGAACUCAUGGGGUUGCUGGACUCCGUCACAGAGAGUGAUCAUAUGAAAUAUGAAGGCUGUUUGCGUGCAGUUCUGGCGACAACUCUUUCAAUUCACGUCGCCCCAGUUGUUCUUUCAAUUUUGCGUGGGAGGAAAGUUAAUGUGGAGGUUGUGAAGUUAUGUCUACACCAUUUGGCUAUUGUCGUUCGAGGGCGUCAUACCGGUGCUAUUUUGGUUGAAUCGGCCAUGGGUGGUUUUCAUGAAUGCGCUGUAGCUGCACUUCGUUGGCUUUUAGGAAACGCAAGCGACAGAGAUGGCGAUUUGUACAUACAGGUUAUGUCGUGUCUAAAGCACGCGCCUGUGUUCUUGCUUUGCGAGGUGUACCGCACAAUGGAGGAGCACAACCUGUUAACGGCCUCAGUUCAGUGCAAGUUCCUUGCGAAUUGUGGCAUUGCUGUCGCCGUUAGCAACGUUGUGCCUUGCCACUGCAUUGAGGUCAUUGUGCGUGCUUUUCGCGCUUUGAGCAGAAGUCAUCGAGAGACGCGGCAUAUUGAAGAAGGCCUCGUACAUGGCAGCGCUGUGCUUGUUGUACUUCAUCGUGAGGAACUUGUGCGUGAGGCGUAUGCGGCACGGCCAAUGCUUCGUGAAACUCCACAUUCUGUCAUGGCCCAUGUGCGGAGCGGGGAUGUGCCACAGUCCCACCAGGCCCUUCUUCGAUUGGCCCAGUCCCGCGAGGAGGGGUGGAUUAACAUUCCGCUAUCUGCAGUGCUUGCGAUUCACGCUGUUUGUACACUCGUGGGUCGUUCUGGUGAUCCCGCCGACAUGAACUUUUUGUACCAUGCGCUUGUGUCUUUUCAUAACCCGGGGAUGAUUGUAAGCCAGUGUAUUGAGUACGUCGUGGCUGGCCUAUGCGAUCGUGUCGCACGCAUCGACAAAGAAUUUUCCAAGGACACGGCUCCUCGCGUUGUGCUAGGCCAUGUGCUCCCACUCCUGCGCACUGUGGCGAGGUACGUUGGGGAUGACAUAAACACCGACAUGGUUCUCCAGCUGUUGGAAACUGCAGUGACUCUGAGACACUUUGCGGUGCCGCUAACGUCAUCCAUUCUAUGGAAUCUGCAAAGAUCCUCAAGCUUGGCGCUUAAGGAGCUGUUCUCCCGCGUGGAUCCCUCCACAAAUGGCAUUCCGUUUUUGAAUUACUACACCCUCUGCUUCGCCCGUGACCAGGGUAGGAGAGAAACGGUGGAGCACCUGUCGAUGGUCUGGCGCUGUGACCCGGAUCCAGUCUUGACUCGACACGCGUCGCUGGCCCCAGCCUACAAGUUGUGGAAGUGUGCCUCAUGUGGUCGACUAAACAGUGAUAGAUUCAAUUACUGUCUUUGUUCCGCUCUUCGAAACAGUUUUGUGGUCUGCUCUGGCUGCGGAAAUGCGCAGGACGAGCGCUGGAGGUGUUGUCAGUCAUGCGGUGAGGGGAUCCGUAAGGAGGCCAUUGCCGCAGUUGUAGUGCGGCGUUCCUGGAGCUGCGACAACUGCGGCGCAAGCAACCCCGCCCGUCAGACGUACUUCUGUUUCCGCUGCAAGGCACUCACUGGCCCUGUUGCCAAGGUGACGAAGUCCCUAAAAGGUAUAGAGCAGAGACAUUGCUCUUGCCCUAGUAACAAGGAGUUGAAUGCAAAAAAUGCAUGGCGGGGAGUGGUGCAAUAUUGUAGACGAUGCGGUUGGUUUCGCGAAGCAUGGGCUGCCAUAAAUUCUGUCGUCUGGCAUUGCGAGGGGUGUGGGGAAUUACGGAGUUCGUUGGACCGUGCGUGCCCUGACUGCCCGCAGGUAGAGUGUUUGCCGUUUGCGGUUGUGCGGAAGAACCGUGCUUCUGUUUCCUGUCCUGCUUGUCGGCUACCGUCUGACAAUCCCUUUGCAAUACGAUGUCUUCAGUGUGAUGCGCCCCUGCAGCAGGGGCCACUGGUCGAGGAAAUAGUAGUUGGAACUACGAUGAAGGGUGAGACUCAGGUGGCUUUCCGUUGUUCACAUUGCGGUGCCAUGACUAUGGGCGGAACUGCGUCAAAUAACUGCCGCGACUGUGGGGGGGAUAUGCGUGAUGCGGAUCGCGUACACGUUGCUUCUCGCCACUGCGACGGGUGUGGCAACGAUGUGGAACCGUUGCUUAUUGAGGCCAUAUGCUCGCACUGCACCAGAUUUCUACCCCCAGUAUCAAGUGAAGGUUGGAGUGUUUCUGUAAUACUUGAGACUUUGAAGCGACUUGUGCAGCUGGUGGAGCGUGACGGGGUAAAUGAGCGUUUGACAACGCUGCUUCAAGAAUUACUGUGCUCCUUUCAAACUCAGGUGGAGCUUAGAGUUAUUGAGGAAAGCCGUGUGCUGGUGGCUGUAGAGCUCGGGCGCCUACAAACCCGCCUCUACAAGUUUAUUGCCUACGAUGCGUUGGUACGGCGAGUCAUUGCGUUGACAAAACAACUGCUGGAAUACAUCGACACAAAAUGUGGGCUGCUUGAAACACCACACUUUUUGGAGGGGCAAUGUCGACACUGUCUCGGGACCCACCCGAAGGAAUUAUGUGUGUAUCACAAAGAGCCAUGGAUUUGUGAGGAAUGUGGAGCUGAAAACUCUAACGCAGAUGUUUGUAGCUACGUGUGUCAACACUGUCUGGCCUUGCGUCCUUGCGUGCAGGAGAAGUGCCCGACGGAGGCGUGGGAGUGUCUCCAAUGCCAGCGGGUAAACGUUGAGUUCGAGGCAUUUUGUAUCUUCUGUGGUGUCCAGCGUGCCGCGGUGGAGAGCGCAGUCGAGGAGGCGGCCGAGGCCUGCCCAUUCCUUCCGGCCAAAUGCGCCACCUGUGGUCUGGUGCACCUGGAGGCGCGCUGUCCCCUUUGCCACAAUGACGUUCCGGAGUCGAUGAGGGAUGCGGAGGGAGUCGUGUGCAUGGUGACAAACCGCUACGUGUUUAUCCAGCCCUCCGGCACGGAGCACCCCAACCAGCGGGUGCACCUCGGCGAGCCGUGGCUGCGGCGGCGGCAGUGGGCAAAGGGAGACAAAGUCACCUUCACAGCAAAGGUCAACGAGCGCGGUGGAUUUCGGGUGACGUCCAUCCGCCCUUAG